UUUGCGAAAGAAGAAGCAACUGAAGAAGAAGACACUGUAACCGCUCCGCCGUGACUCUUCUGUAGCUUUGAGGACAGAGACAUGAUCAUCGCGGAUUCCGAUUACGAAGGUCCCGCUAUCGAAGCCCUUGGUUCUCUCUUCAAGGUCACGCAAGUCUUUCUCCGGGACCAUGGCAUUCAGGUUUCUUACUCAGUUGAACAUCUGAAAUUGGCUGACAAUCACGGUUCUGACCCUGUUCCUGAAGAAUCUACUGGCCUUGUUACACCCGAGGAUUUGGAGCUUAACAAACAGCUGGAUGAAUUGGGGCUUCCUCUUUCCUUCCAGUCAAAGAGGGAGAAAAAAGGACCAUUAAAAGGAAAAAAAAAGGGUAAACGUUCGAAGCAUCCUGAUACUUAUCACAACCCUGCAGAUAAAACCCUAUUUGAAACGAGUGCGGAGGAGAUUGUGUCUCCUGCAAAAUUUCAUGAAAAAACUAGUAUUCCUUUAUCUUGUAUAUCAAUGCUGGGCCAAAGUGAAUCUUCUUAUUGUGAGGGUGCCAUGGAUAUUGAUAUGACGCAGUAUGCCUCUUGUGAAGUAGAUAAUUCAGCCUGCUCUACGGGGUCUGCUAGUGGUGUGUCCAGGGAGAUAAAUGAUGAUAAUAUAAAUCAGGUAGCGGCUAAUGAUGCUCAGGAUGGUGACUUUUUAAUCAGUAAUGAUUAUGUUGAUUUGAAAACUACACCUUUUUCAGAUUCUGCUGUCUCUGCUGAAAGCCAUUUGACAGGUGGUGGUGUCAAUUAUUGUGGGGCAGAAUAUGAUGAGUGUUUGGUGGACAGUGAAUGUUUAAAAGUUUCACCGACUGUUGGAAAAAGUACAGAUUGUGAGACUAUUUGCAAUGACGACAGUGAUGCCACUUGUCUUCCACAGCUUAUUGAAUCCGAGUUGCUUCCUGUGAGCUCAGAAGGUAUUGGAUGUGACAGAAAUGAUGUUUCAAAUAAUUAUGCCGUGCUUGGAGACUGGAUGGCCUUCUGGGAUACUUAUUAUAAGAGAACGUACUUCUACAAUGUCAGCACACGCACUUCUACGUGGGACAUACCGUCAGGGAUGGAACAUCUGGUAAUUGGUGGGUGUACUGAAUCAGAUGAUAGUGAAACUCUUAAGUCUUCAGAGGGGUGUGGAAUACAAAAUUUCACUAAAGCACCUGAGGAAACCUUGAUUGAAGAGAACAUGGAAGGAAAGCAACAUGAAGAGUGCCUUGUUGAGAUUGGAGUUGCUGCAGACAAUUUGGUCUCUGAUAUCACUACAAAUAGUGAAAACCAAUCUCUUGAUCAUUCAGACGAGUGUCUUGAGAGAUGUAGUUGCAAUUGUGGAAUUUCAUGCUGCUCAGUAUCAAGUAUGCCAGAUCAUAUUAUUUGCUCUAAUGAUCGACGCAUUCAAGUAGCACCAGAGGUUAAUCAUACACCCUUGGAAAACACGGCAAUUGAUAUGUGUGGAUUGGAAUCUAAAUGUGAACCUUCCACGUUAAAAUGUGGGAAGAAAGUAAGAAGGCAAAGGCAGAGGAAAUUAUGUAAUGAAGCUGAAGGAUUGUGCCAACACUUCAAUCGUGAUAUGCACUUUCAAGAAACGCCUGAAUCAUAUUCUGCUACAAUUGCCAAAUAUUGGUGUCAGAGGUAUACUUUGUUCUCUAGAUUUGAUGAUGGUGUAAAGAUGGACGAGGAAGGAUGGUUUUCUGUCACUCCAGAGGCUAUUGCUCAGCAUCAAGCAAUACGUUGUGCUAGUGCCAUGAUAAUUGACUGCUUCACUGGUGUUGGUGGGAACUCUAUCCAAUUUGCACGACGUUGUGGGCAUGUAAUUGGGAUCGAUAUUGAUUCGUUGAAGAUUGACUAUGCUAGGCAUAAUGCUGCUAUUUAUGGGGUGGUUGAUCAAAUUGACUUUAUAGUUGGUGAUUUCUUCCUCUUGGCACCAAAGUUAAAGGCUGAUACCGUUUUCUUAUCUCCACCAUGGGGGGGACCUGAUUAUCUCAAGGCUACUACUUAUGACAUGAAGACAAUGCUUAGACCUCAUGAUGGUCAUACACUGUUUAGUGCUGCAAAGGAGAUUGCUUCCAGAAUUGUCAUGUUCCUUCCAAGAAAUAUAAAUUUCAACCAAUUGGCUGAGUUAUCUCUGUCAUCCAGUCCACCAUGGUCACUAGAGACCACACCUGAGCAUUUCCAGUGUCGAGGACGUUCGUUUGAACCGAUCAGUUCCGGGUUCUAAGUUGGUAAGUUCUCUCUUCAUUCAGCCGGUUGGUUUCCUGGUACAUGCAAACCUAGUUUAUGGGUUGCAUGAGUCAAUCAUCUUGUUCUGAGAGUUUCUGGAUUUCUGUUUGGUUUAGUUUCUUAAGGCGUGACUGUAGAAUGCUAAGGUCUCUGGUAAAGGUGAACCUGUAUUCUGAACUGUGAACGUUCGGUCACGCUUAGAGGUAAGGGAAGCUUAUAUAAUUUGAUUAAGAUUCUUGUUUUGAAUGGAUGUCGUUGAUUUCUGAAUGAAUAUGACGUAUGAUUGUUGAUAUGUUUCGACUGUAUGAAGUGUGAAUAUUUACUAUGAUACGGCUGUAUGAAUGUAUGAAGAUAGAUGUUGAGAAAUGUAUUGAUAAGAUUAUGAAUUCUAAGUCUAGAGUUUUAUGUGAAAAUUGAUGUCCGUCACUGAAGAUCUUUGACCGUUGGGUUUUCCUGUGGACUCGGUUGGAACUGGAUUCUUUCAUUUGGAAAGAAUUCCAGUUGAGGACCGAGCGUCUUUGUUAUGUAAUAUCUGUAUAUAAGCGUUCAACCAAGAAUAUUCGUUCCUUGGUGUUUGAUGGUAAACUUAAGUAUAUCUAUAUGUAUUUGUAUAUUUCGUUCGUUCGUGAACACUAUUUAAAUGGUAUCUUAUUAUAUUUAUCAAGCCUUUCUUCUAUAAGUUUAGUAGUGCUCGAUCUUACACCAAGCGCUCGGUCUUACACCAAGCGCUCGUACUAAGUAAGUGCUCGGUCUUACACCAGGCGCUCGUUCUCGUUUUCGUAAUCUAUCUUUAUAAUAAGAGCGUUCGUCCAAACUCCACAGAGUUCGCUCUCUAUAGUGCUCAGUCUUCAACUGACCUUCGGUUUCCUUGAGGUUUAGCUCAUUAAGAAGCUAAGUAUUUAUUGGCGAUCGGUUUCGUCAUAUGAUUCCGUCAAGUACUAUUAUUUGGUGUCCUACAGUACCUGUCUCAAUUGGUUUCGGCCUAGAGUCCUAGUACUCGGCCUAGGCUUUACGGUGUUCGGUUUGAACUCUCAAGAGUCAGUUCAUUAAAUUGGCUCACUUGGUAAACAACAUUCGAUUAUAUUAGUCUCUGAGAAGUAUUAUUAUAUUCGGUCCUUUUCACAACUAGUGAGUAACUCUCUCAAUUUGAUUAUGUUUGAGUUGAAGACAUCUCGGUCUCACUCCAAGUGUUCGGUCUUGUUCUGUAUUAAAAACUAACAUGCGGUAUUUGGUAUCCUAAGGGAUCAUUAUUCAAAUUGGUUCAGUUGAGGUUUUAAUAAUGAAAGAUGAUAGAAUAUCGGAUGAAAUGACUUUGGUUAUGAAAGAGUGUUCCGGGGAGGAAUAUCUCAUGAUUUGAUAUUGAAAUGGUAAAGUAUGAAUGUGGGCACGCUAAGCUGGCGGUUCAUCCUGAUAUUCCGUGAUUACUCGUUUCUCACGUAAAGAAGGGUAAGUCAUGUGUGGGAAUAGUAGGAGGUCCUCGUCCUUAUGGUUAAUUUGGACGGAACGGACUAACCUCGGGUGACAGCUGUUGAGGGUAUCCCAGUUACUACAUCACCCGGGUGCACGAACGUCGUAGCUACACAGAAUUCAUACAGUCCGGACAGUCAGAGUCUAGUAUUAGGCUUUACAUGAAUGAGUUAUCUUGUUUAAAUUGAUUGAGUGAGAUAUAUGUUGAUAAUUGAAUUAAAUUACAUAAGCUUACCCUAUUUCCUGUCUUGUCCGUUUGUACGUUCAGUGGUUGUUCUUUUGUUGCAAUGAUCAUCCGUGUGGAUGUGAGCAGAAGGAGAAGCUUUGCUGGAAGAGACGUUGGAAGAAGAAAGUUUGGUCGAGGUAGAAGUUAAGACCGAACAGUAGAGCCGUUCGGUCAGUAGUUAGUUUCUUUGUGUGAUAACCGUUCGGUCAUCUAUUGUUUUCUUCUUUUGUAUGACUAUUCGGUACGUCUUCUGUAAACCGUUCGGUCUAGAUUGCAUAUUUGUACAGUUUUAAUUUCCCCGUUAUAUUGUAAGGCCGUUCGGCCAUAAGCGUACGUCUCAUCUUUUGUAAGACUGAUCUGGAAUAUUAUUAAUAUGCGAUUA